GAAUGUGACGUAAUUUCCGGCAGCGCUACCUUCACCAUUUUGCUGCAGCCAGGUACUCUUGCUGGAUUCGGACGAUUCGGGUACAGCCAUGGAGGUACUUGUUUUGGAUCACUCCCUUUGGCUUUGUGGAGCUGCCGCCUGCCUGCGUCCCGGAGCGAUGGCCUCCGUGUAUAGCGGAUCACACACCUUGAGCAAGGAUGAUGUGAAUUACAGAAUGCAUUUCAGGAUGAUUAACGAACAGCAGGUUGAAGAUAUCACCAUAGAGUUUUUCUACAAACCUCACACCAUCACUCUGCUGACGUGCACGGUGCUCAGUUUGAUGUAUUUCGCGUUUACAAGAGAUGAUGGAGAUCAAGAUAGUAAUGUUUGGGUGGGGCUCAUUCUGGUCAUCUCCUUCUUCCUAGUCAUCAGUGUUUUGGCGUUUCCUAAUGGUAAGUAACUUCACUAUAAUGGGAAAUAACGUUAAAGUACAAUUAGUCGUCAUCACACCGGUGAAAUUACAUCUCCGCAUUUGACUCAUCCCCGUGGGGAGUGGUGAGUUGCGACUGUGGCUGAGCUCGGGAACUAUUUGGUGGUUCGACCCCCCCCAAUCCACCUCCUUAAAACUGAGAGUCAAGCAGGGAGGCAUCGGGCUCCAUAUUUAAAGUUUUUGGUAUGACCCGACCGGGAAUCGAACCCCAACCUAUCAGUCCCAGGGCAGCACUCGUACCACAGGGCCACUGAAAAUACAUAACAGCAAGUGUUUUAUAGCAAUGUGUCUGGCAGGUGCAGUGACGAAGCAGGUUAACGCGGGCACCAGACAGUAUGGGAUACAUCCGAUAAGUCCGAAUGUCUCUGAGUGAAACUGGUGACUGAGGCAGGCGUUUUAGACAAGUGUGUUGUUAUAGGUAACGUUCAUAAAUGACCCGCUCUUAGACAGCACCUUUCAUAGUCCGUGACUCCAAAGCACUUCACAGCGCUUCUUUCAUCCAUGGAAACACAUUCAGAUGCUGAUGGUGGUGAGCUACAACGUAGCUACAGCUGCCCUGGGGCACAUGGACAGAGGUGAGGCUGCUGAGCACAAGUACCACCGUUCCCUCCGACCACCAUCAGCAGGCAAGGAGGGGGAAGUGCCUUGCCCGAGGACACAACAGUAGAAGUCCCUGCAGGGAGCUGGGAUUGAUCCUG